GUACGCCUCCUAUCCUUUGCGUUUUUAUGCCAUUUCUGGUUGUGAGUUGCCAGGCGGAAGCUUGAUACCGAAAUUCACCAAAAAUCCAUUUCAAAUAAUAUUCAAAAAGCUGCGGUGUAUUGAACUAAAUUAUCAUGCAUUGAACUAAAUUAUCAUGCAUCUUACAUCAAUUUAGUAAGGACUAGUGAUCAAGAUUUUUUCGACUUUUGCUUCUUAUCGGUAAGAGCUCUCAGGCUGCCUGUAGGUAAUGUGCGGGAUACGGUGAAAAAUCAGUCACAAUCAUAUUACCUGUUACACUUGUUAACUACAUUUCCUUACGCCUAUACAUCGCGGGCAGGCUUACACACUCAAGUCCUACAAUCAAAGAUACAGUACAGCAUACACGUUUAUCAAGGACAAUUACUUAACAGCGCACCGAAUGGGUAGGUUCUGCCGAUGAGAAGGCGGGGUCUCCGGUAUCCGGAAUUACCUGCUCCCGGCAACACAUUGACCUUCAUGCUUCGACCCUCGUGUUUAUAAUUACUACAAUCGAUGCAUUGAACCAGCGCUUGCAGCAUGAAGGCACCACACUGCAGCUAUGACCAUCUUUAGGUCGGUACGGCUGGACGAGAAAGAUGUGUCGCCUGUCAGGAAACACCGUCUAAAGCUUUAAAUGUGUGUACUACAGUAAGUACAGGGACAUCUAUCUAUAUGUAUAUAUAUAGCAAUUUUACAGUACUAUUAACCAGAGACUUUUUCUCCAAGGUCAGUUUUACGGCGGUGUCAAGGCCGACACAUUUCUGGGACAUGCGUAAAGUAAAAAUAGAACCUUGACCCACAGAGGCACCGGCUUUACCCUCCUCCUCCAUACUCGUGUAUCUUCUUGUUGACACGCAGUAAUUCGCGUGACACUAGAUAAAUAGUUAAGGCAGGCGCUCUUUAUAUAUCUCAUCGCCCUGCCAUAACUAAUCACUGUUAACAGCGCUAAAAGGUGGCAAUGAGACAUGGCAAACGGUGUGUCCCGCGAGACACGUACUUUUCUUACUUGUUACAGAAAGCAUUUUAGGUUUUCCCUUUUCUAUACGUGGUUUGGAGGGAUAUACAUCAUGUGAUCUCAUCAUUUGGCACACACGGGGAGGGUAAUGAUCACGAGAGGCCCUCCCAGGGUAAAUCUCGUACCGCCCCUCACAGGAACACAGGUCCAUACGUCACACGGAGUGGGGACAUGUUUGACAUGGACCGGGCUGGAAGGAUUGUCAGGGCCUGUCGACCGUACCAUAGAUUCCCCAGGCGUAACCCAACAGACGCAGCCUGUCAAGCUGUACUACAUAUCAGGCGACGAACAUGAAGAAGUCGGCAGCGGUGGCCGUGCCGUUCACAGCGCUCUGCUUGUAUGUGGGGGUGUGGACUACUGGGCUGUUCAACGCCUGUUAUAGAGAAUUCGAAGAUGACAGACCGCCUGCUCCCAGACAGAACUGGACCAAACGUCACGACCAGAGCCCGGGAACACACCGAGACGACCUGAGGGUUUGGGUACGGGCCGGACAUAACUACUCUCGGGUGACUAAACUGUUUUACAACAGGCUGCCGAAGUGCGGCAGCCGGGCCAUGAAGGUUCUCAUCGCGCAGUUGCAGGAGAAGAACCAUUUCAAGUUCUUUUCAGCCGCCAAUCUACACGCCAAGGCUCUGCAUGGCGAAGAUUUGCUACGGUUUGCACAGAUGAUGGACAAACUUCCAACUCCAUCCAUUUACGAGAAGCACACCUACUUCAUCGACUUUCCAUUGAUGGCCGCGAAACAGCCGCUCUACAUCAACCUGGUCAGAGAUCCCAUAGAAAGACGCGUCUCUGCUUACUACUACCUCCGGUACGGGCGGCAUGGGAACGAGUUCGCCGAUAUCCUGAAACUGAGAAGAACAGAAGAGCAAAGAAACCAGACACUUGACUACUGUGUAGCCAACAACCUGCGUGAGUGCAGCGCGUCCGAGCCCAAUAGCUUCAUACUGACGCAGUACUUCUGUGGACAAAGUACAAUAUGCACGAAACCUUCGCAAGUGGCAGUGGAAGUAGCCAAAGAGAACAUCAGGAGGCACUACGCUGUGGUCGGGGUACUGGAGGAGUUCAGCAGCUUCCUGAAGGUCCUGGAGGUGGUCAUGCCGCAGUUCUUCCGCGGAGCUGUGACGGAGUGGGAACAUAUCGAGUCGAGUCAAGUGCCAUAUCAGAAGACGAGGAAUAAGAUACCCCCCUCUAAGAAAACCAUACAAAUACUGAAACAGAGAUUGUCCCUGGACUACCAAGUCUACGACUUCAUUCGGGAGAGAUUCCACAUCCAGAAAAAACAACUUGGAAUCAAGGACUGAUUUAUGUUGCUAGAUGCGAACAGUACUCGACUUGGGACAUUGUGAGGAUUCGGGUUAAUGUGAAAUACACUCGUACAUUCCAACAGUAUAUUUCUCACUGUGUAAUAAGGUCAGCAAUAUCUGGGUUAUGUAAUUGUUAGGUCUUUUCAUUCUCAGAUUCCUGUCUCGGAAAAUGAGCAUUUUGUCUGUUACCACGUUGUAUUUUGCUCUUUCGUCCUUGAUUCACCAUAACAAAACUACUUUUGAAUCAAUUUUCCUCGACGCUCCAAAUAGCCUCUAUUACCUUCAGCUUCCCAUGUUUACAUUCCGAUAUGACUUUGUCGUAUACAGAGCGGACUGGUCAUUUUGUAUCUUUCCCCUCAGGAAUCUGUGUGCUGUAAAUCCGCACUGAUAAUAGCAAUACGUUAAUUGUA